AACAAAUGUAGGGACUGGGAACUUCAAAAUUAAAUUUAGACAAACUUCACUCAGUGUUAGUCACUAUCUGUCGUAGAAAGGAUAACAUGGCGGCUAUCGAUACUAACGGCCCUGUGAAAAUUGAACCUGCAAUGCGUACCCUGAAGUUGUCAGGGCAUGUCGGUUUCGACAGUCUGCCAGAUCAGCUCGUUAAUAAGAGCGUUCAGAAUGGAUUCGUAUUCAAUAUCCUGUGCAUUGGUGAGACUGGUCUGGGGAAGUCGACUCUGAUGGACUCACUGUUCAAUACUAACUUUGAGUCAACUCCAAGCCCCCACAACCUACCUACUGUAAAGCUGAAGGCUCACACAUAUGAACUGCAGGAGAGCAAUGUCCGUCUUAAGCUGACCAUCUGUGACACCGUGGGUUAUGGAGAUCAAGUUAAUAAAGAAGACAGCUUCAAAGCGGUGGUGGAUUAUAUCGACGCUCAAUUUGAAGCCUACCUCCAAGAGGAGCUGAAGAUCAAGCGCUCUCUACCAUCCUAUCAUGACAGUCGUCUUCAUGUCUGUCUUUAUUUUAUUUGUCCUACAGGCCACGGGCUCAAGUCCAUCGACCUCGUGUGUAUGAAGAAGUUGGAUACUAAAGUGAACAUCAUUCCUAUCAUAGCCAAGGCUGACACCAUAUCAAAGACUGAGCUGCAGAAAUUUAAGUCGAAGAUAAUCCAGGAGCUUCAGGCCAACGGAGUCGAGAUCUACCAAUUCCCUGUGGACGACGACUCGGUGUCGGACGUGAACGGUGCCAUGAACACACACAUUCCCUUCGCCGUGGUUGGCAGCACGGACUUCGUCAAGAUAGGAAAUAAGACGGUGCGGGCCCGCCAAUACCCAUGGGGAACCGUGCAAGUUGAGAACGAGUCUCACUGCGAUUUCGUGAAGCUGCGAGAGAUGUUGAUCCGCACCAACAUGGAGGACAUGAGGGACAAGACGCACGCCAGGCACUACGAGCUGUACCGGAGAAGGAGACUCGCUCAGAUGGGCUUCUCAGACGUAGACGCUGACAACAAACCUGUGUCAUUCCAGCAGACGUUCGAACAGAAGCGCAGCGCUCACCUACUGGAGUUACAGCAGAAGGCGGACGAGGUGCGGCAGAUGUUCGUCCAGCGGGUCAAGGAGAAGGAAGCCGAACUCAAGGAGGCCGAGAAAGAGCUUCACGCCAAGUUCGACAAACUGAAGAAAGAACACACAGAGGAGAAGAAGCGCCUGGAGGAACUCCGGAAGAAGAUAGAAGACGACACCAUAGAGUUCAACAGAAGGAAGGCGCAGAGUGCACAGAGCACGCACACACUCACACUGGGCAAGAGCAAGAAGAAGUAACGCCGCCCAGCAGACACAGAACACAUGCACAGAUACAGCACAGACCGACAACACUGUGUUUACAUUGGAUUACCUGCGUCUUGUAUGUUUGCCAAAUUCGUAUAUAAUCAAAUGUAACAUUUCUCUUCACUACAUAUUUUUAUGGUAAAAAUAGCGAGUGAUACCCGACGAGGACAGUCAGCACAUUAACUUUGAAGCACGCGUCGCGGGCUGUAACGUGGCACACCUCUAGUUUAUGUUCCGUGACAGCCGGCUGACCGGCCUGCAUGCCGCGGUGUGUGAAGGUUGCAGACCGAGGGGUUUCUCCGCACGUAUCCUUAAUAAGUCGGAACAUUUUAUACCAAAAUAUAUUUUAUUCCUUAGAAUUAGUCUUCAUUACUGAUAAGAUAGUGGUUAGUGCUUCUGUGUAAUCGAUUAAUGAUAAAUGUAUUUUUCAAUAUAACGUUGAAUGCUUAUCGAGAUGCUUUAAGGACUAUAGAGGUUUGAACGAAACUAACUUUGGUUAUGUUUGAAUAGUUUAUGAAUCGCCCCUAGCUAGAGGCGAGUUCGCCGCUAUAUAACAUUAAAUAACUUAGGUAUAAAGUAACAUAGGUAUUAGUCGUCAGUUGCCGCCAUCAGAGGUAUAUUUGUUUACUGAAAUCAAAUAAUUGUCUGACUUUGUGUGAAGUGGUUGGAUCGUGAGAGUUUGAUAUCUGGAUUACAUUCCACAACACAAGGGAGGCGAUGUUUAUAAAUAUUUACUAUCAGUAUAUGUUCAAUGCCUCGGCGAGGCUCCCGGCGAAACUAAAUUCCUUAAUAACAACGAUUAAAAGUAGUGAUGUCGUAAAGUGAAUAGUUCGUGGCUGGCGGCCGGCGGGACAGCAAUAAGGAUUUGUAACAUCGUGUGAGCUCUCUUAACAGUUUUGGAUUCAUUCCUCUUAGUAAUGUUUGUACUCUGUCUCCUCUCCAGUCUGUGUUACAAUGAUUUGUAUUAUUUUAUAGAUAUUAUUUAAAUAAAACGUAAUCUAUUGUA